AUGGUUGAUGCCAGUGGAGAAGACUGUCUUAUCGUCAAGAAUGGCGACCGACAUCAAGACCACGCGACCGGCAUUGAAUCCCACAACGAUGGCCAUUUUUCUGCCCCUAGGGACUCCGGGUCUGUUGUCACUGACGCCAACGGUCGCAUUGUCGGUAUGAUCACCGGCGGCACUGGUCUGACAGGCUCUACCGACAUUACCUAUGUGACUCCCUAUUACUUCCUCGACGAGUGUAUCAAGAAGGUCUUUCCCAACUCCUACCUCUUCCCGAUUACCGACUCGACCAAGGCCUAG